AUGCGUCUCCUCGAGAUAAUCCUCCUGCUAUUCGCCCUCUCCUCACAGUCUUCGGCGGGCCCCAUCGCAGGCGCAGCGAGGUUAGCCAAAGCCGCCGGCCAGACAGCCCUGGCAACGCGCAUCGCUGGCGCCACCAUUUCCAAGGCCUUCGGCAUCGAGGCCAGCAGCUGUUGGUACGGAGGAUAUGUCAUCGUCAAUGCGAAGCUGUACUACGGCGCGAACAUCGUCGGUGCUGGCGUGCUGGGCGCGGGUGCGAUUGGCGGAGGUGCUGCUGGUGCAGCGGCGGUCGACAACAAGAACCAAGCAGCCUCGAAAGUCCUUGGAGGCGAUUUAACAGACAUCCUCACAGAAACCGGCUUCUACGAAGUGACCGACGCCUCAAUCAGCUCCGCCAUGGUCGCCUCAAUAUCAGUAGCAUCCGUAGCGAGCGUGGCUUCAGAAGCAUCCGCCAAAUCCAGGUCGGAAGGCCGCGCCGCCAUGUCCGCGUCGUUAAAAAGCGAGUCGCAGUCGAAGGCGAAGUCCUCGUUCUCCAAAAUGAUCCACGAUGCAGCCUACUCCGCAAGCAAAUCGAUUGAGUCGAAGUACUCUGAGGCGAAAAUGAGCGCUGCGUCGAUCAAAUACAGCUGGUCGAAGAGAGCGCCUCCGGCGACGACCGCGCCGUCAGCCACAGUAACAGGUGAGGAUCCGUCCUUCUCGUUCAUUCCCCCUAUCUGUGGCGCUUGCAAGCUGACAUGCAUCCCUUUCUAUAGCGCCAAACGCCCCAGGCGUGACCGUCCCACCACCCCCCGCCACCCCCGUAGCCACCGUCUCGCCCGAAGAUACAAGAAAUACCAACCACAAGAGAUCCCGCCCGGUGUUCCAGAGUAUAACUUCAGGAUGUGCCAGAACGACAUCAUCUUGAUGGGCACGCAAGGAAGAGCAUCACGAUAG